UGUAUUACAAGUGAAUUUCAGUAGAACUAGUCGGCUCGACAGUCGGAACUCGGCAGUCAGUUAGUAAGUACCGAGAGAAACUCCAACUGAAGUAUUAUAUCGUGUCGCUUGCCCAUUGUGCCGUGUUUUAUGUGAAGUGAUUCGUUUAAUUUCGAAGUCAGUGAUAAUACGAUAUAUUUCACCUGGAUUAAAAGUGGUUUCGUGUUCCAGCUCGUUCAGAUAAUUGAAGAAGACGAACAUCCAAAGUGGAUAAUAAGACCCUUAUCACAGACAAAAUCGAAGUCUCGAAUGGAAAUAUAAGCUGAUGAGCCAACUAGUAAAAAGAAGAAAGAAUGUCAUCAGCAAUAUGCCAAAACUUCGUGCAAAACGCUUGGAAAAAGGAACUCUGUUCAAAUUGUUUCAAAUCAAAGGAUGAGCAUAUCGAUAAACCUAAAUUCAAACCACUACAGUUAAUAGCUAGCAAUAAAGUAGAGAGUAUAAUAAGAAAUGCAAAUAAAUCCAAACCCAAACACACUGUUUGUUUUCCCAAAACGUUGACAGAAAUCAUAGGGUAUGGAGGAGAGGAUUGGUGUUCUGAUAAUGAAGAUGAUGGAAGUAUCGAAAGUAGUGAGGAAGAUGUCACUUUGGAUUCGGAUUCUGAGGAAGAGGAUACGUCAAAAGAGCUGCAAAAGAUAACGAAGCAAAACACUGAUUUCAAUUCAACAUGUCUUAAAGAUACAGAAGUGAAAAAGUCUUACACCCAACUACUCCUGGGCAAACCUUUGGUAGAUUCUUCUGGUAAAAAACAAACUCUUCUGGUCUCUGUUACUCCUUUUGGUGAAGAUAUAUCAACUCCGGUCAGAAAAUAUAACACCAAAACGCUUUCUCACAUUCCCAUCGCAAAAACAAACAAAGAAAUUAUUGCAGAAAAUAAAACAAAUGUGAUUCUUACUUCUUAUAUGAAAAGUGAAGAAGCCAAUUUACAAAAAGGAGAAAAGUCCCUGUUAGAUGAGAUAUCAGAAACUUUGGAAAAUAGUAAAAACCCUAUUCAGAUAAUGUCUAAGAAAAAGUCCCAAGAAGAAGUUGUACUGAAUCUUGCUGAUUCGAACAAGGAAAAUAUAGAAAAUUGUAAAACCGAAUCAUCAAAACCAACGAUUGAAGAACAUAUUCAAGAAACAAAAGUUGCAAUUUCCGAAAAGAAAAUAAACCUAUCGCGAACUCCUGCGUUGAAACGAGAUAUUGAAAAACCUGUCAUUCAUCAAACUUCCACGGCUAAGAUUGAAUUAUUGAAUAACAAGAACUUGAAAUUAAAUAGAGACAUUGUUUGUAAUGUUCAGAAUAAGAACGAAGUUAAUAAUAAUGAAAAAAUUGACUCCAAUAUCAGUAACAAUGACCAAAAUGAAAUAUCCAACACUGUAUUGAGUACUGCAAAUCUGAUUAAAGCAGAAAUACUGCACACAAAAAAAGAACUGAUAUAUCGUACAUCAGAAUCAGUUCAUAAUAAAGACGAAUUAUUAUACUGUAGAACAGGAGCGAGUGACAUUAAAGAAAGGAAAGAUGAAAUCAAUACAAGCGUUGCUAAUGGACACGAAAAAAUAACCUACGAGGAAAAAUUAAUAGGUUUGCCACCGCCUGUACCAGCAAAAUACAUUCCAUUUACUCAAAGCCGGGAACAAGCGGGCAAACCAGAUGGUCGUGAAGAUCCAAUAAAAACAGAAUUGCCUCCACUUCCAAUAACGCCUCCUCCGGUUUUAGAAACACAAACUUCUUUCUUACAUAGCAUCCCUCCUUCUCUUCAUGAGAAACCGAAAAUACCAUCUAAGCCAACUACUGUCUUGAUCAGAAAGCCCAUAUCUCACAAUUCUUCCACAACUCAAACUCAGACUUUAUCUACGUUUUUAAAGGAUAGGCCUGCUGAUAAAAUGCUUCUUUCCAAGCAAGAUUCCAAUGAUUCAGAUUCAAAAAUUAAUAAAAGAAGAGCCCCCCAACCUCCAGAAGAAAAUAUAAGUCCUAUUUAUGCUCGAAAUUCGAUAUGUUCAACAUCAAACGUAGAUACUAUGGUUAAUGAAAAAAACGAACGAUCGGCAUCAUGUACCCCUAAGAUUUUUGAUGGCCAGAGUCAAGAAGAAGCUAUUUACGUUUCACCUGAACCCUUGCCUAGAAAAUCAUUGUCUGUGUCCACGGAUUGUCUGGCAACUGAUGAGAAGAGGAAAGACAAAUCUAAGGGUAGAUUCUCUCUGAAAAAAUUCCUCAGAAUGGGGUCAAGUAAAGAUAUUUCAAAAAUAUCAACGGAAACCUCUGAAAUAAAAUUCGAAGAAAACUUUGAACCAAAACCACAGCCAAAGCCUAGAUUAGUUAUAGUACAUCCUUGUGAGUUGAACGGCGACAAAGUGGAAGUUGUCAGCAAAAACAUUGGUGAUCAGGUAGACUGUCAAUCAAAUGGACACGAGUAUAGCACACCAGGUGGUGAAUACGAAACGUAUGUUAGUCCCAAAUCCGCAAAGCCACCUCCGCCUCCAAGAAAUUACAGCGAAGUCCACAAUAUAGGAAAACCGAAUCUACCACACCCUCCUAAAUCGGUGCAAAUACUCACCAAACAAAGGCAAAUUUCCAGAAGUGGCUCCGCUUCCAAGAAGCCAGAAACUGUAUAUGCAAAUAUAGGUGAAGUACGCUCAGCAAUUGUACCAAAUAAACCUGUUCGAACUGCUAGUAUGCGAGAGAGAGAGGCCAUGCAACAAAAACAACUUCGCAAGAUGACGCACAAUUAUGAACAGAUUAAUGUAAGAGGGAAAGAAAACUCCGAAAAUGUGUAUGACUAUAUAAAUUCGACAAGAUCAAGUUCACCAGACAGUGAUUCGAGUCGAGACAAAGGUAGUCCACGAACAAACAAUGUUAGAUUGGGAAAGAGAUCAGAAAGUAGUAUAGAUGUUUCAGGAGAGUUUUUCAAGUACAGCAAUAUACCAAGGAGUAUGUCGUUAACUUACUGUGGCAGCGAAACCGAAUCAGAAAUUUAUUCCCCUCACAGUUUUUAUGGAAGCGAAUCAGAAGUGACUGAAGAUGAUCAUGAAUGGAUUCAAAAUGGACGAACACAUAAAUUGCGUUCAAGAAAAGGAAGAAGCAUUGUCCACAAGAAUCUAGAGGAUAAUUAUGGUGCUGUUGUAGUAGCUAAUCACGAGGCACUGGCUCAAGUUCUUGAAAAUAUCCAGCAGACAUCUCACAUUCAACCAGCUCUGAGGGGUUUAAAAACCUUAUCAAAUUUACGAUGGACCGAUUUUUCAAUUAAAUCAGGUACCACACCUGUUGUAGUAGGAAAUAGAGCUUUUCAUCAUGCCUUGUGGGGAACACAGCAUGUAACUUUGCUGGUAAACGCCGGUUCAGUUACAUCAAGCACCCUUUCUUUAGGUACCUUCAACUUAACUCCAGUUACUGAAUUCAGCGAUCUCAUUCCAAAGAGUUACCUAGCUAGUUCAGAAAUCAGCAGAGAAGACACUACCAAACAAGUUCAAGCUACAAUUUCGGUUUUACCUUAUCUGCAAGUUGAUACAAUCGAGUCCUAUAGCGAUUUUCUCAAAUCCAAAGUACAGCCCCAUGAUAAUUCGUGGAAAGAUGCUAACUUUGUUAUGCUCCAGUUGGUGAACUCUUUGAAGACAUUACAAGCGCAAGGUAUCGAGGAAUUACCAUUAUCUCUGAAUUGUUUUGUCCUUUGUAAGGACAUAGAUAAGGACAGCAAUCAUAGAUUAUGUGUCUUACAAGGAUUAGCAACUGAUAUUGCGAACAAAACUGAUCAAGAAAAACAAGGAACCCUAUGCAUGUGUGCCUUGAAAGCUUUGAAUAUACUUCAGCCAGCUCUCAAAAUCACUCCAGUUAUACAGUCUCUCCUCAACCAUGAACGUGCAGUCUCCCUAACGCAAGUGAAGAGCAUCCUAGAAUUUUCUCUCUGGGGCCCGUCAGAUGUUUCGCUUGGAAGUACAAUAAGGGAAAGGGAGCUAGCUCUGCAACGUUGGUUGGAUCUCCAAAGAGCAACUGUGUUACACGGGCUUGUCUGUACCAGAGUCCAAUUGACAGUUUAUGAAGAAUUUCAUUUAUUAUUUUUAGUAAGAAGUAAUGCCAGGAUGAUGUGUGAUGCUUCAUUACUUAUUGAAUCCAGUAAUAUUAAGCACUCUCUCACACACAGUCAAAAUAGAAAUGAUAAAUGUAUGGGAGCCUGAGGGUAUGUCUCAAUUCCAUACUGAUUAAAUGACAUUUUAUCACGAAAUGUUGAGUUAGUUACUUGAAUUGAUAAUUGCGUAUUUAAUCUUUGUGAUAAUUGAGAAAUUAACUGAUUUCCAUCACGUUACCAUAAAAGUUUUUCAUUGUAUCUACCCUUGCCAGAAUAUGAAAUCUGAUGUGUGAAAAUAAGUACUCGCUGAAUGAUAUAUGUUUCCUUAUUUAUUGAAAUUUGUUGAAUUGUAAAUAUAAUCUAGCCUCUUUUACUGCCUUUAUACAUUUUUAUUGUUUGUAAAUAAAUAUGAAUUUUUAUUAUUAUUUAAUGGUUACUGGAUUUCUAUAUAAAAUUAUUCAAAAGAUAUUUGUAAAUAAAUGAAAUUGUGCCUUAUGUAUUUUAAACUGUAUAAUUCAAAACAAAUUCAACAAUAAAGAGUUUAAAAUUA